AUGUUCGUUCCAUUCAUCGGCCUCUUCGUCACCUUGACGUUUCUCGGUGCUCGUCUCAAAAUACCGGGAAUGAAGGAGCUCACCGACCGCCGCGAGCCACUCUUCAUGCGCAUAUCAAGCGCCGUAUGCAUCGCGUCAGAGGCAAAUACAAUCCUAGACAUUGCGCAAGUCACUGCAUGGGUAUACAAGACAGCAACGCACACCGAAGGUCUUGUGCCCUACGACUGGGACAGUCUCUGGUGCCCCAUUAGUCGAGAAGACUUGGUUCCCGAGAGGGGACUCAUAGUGAUCAACAAUACGGAGACAUCGCUCAUCGCUCUCUAUCCCGUAUGCUACGAGGAAGACACACCCAUCUGGAGGAACGAUGUCUACGUCGACCGGUAUGCCGACGACAAUGCCACAACGACACUACCUUCUUUCAAAGAGUUCUUAGACAUUUUCAUCGCCAUUUCCUGUAUAUCAUUGCACAGUUGGACUCGCAUAUCCUCGUGGGGACGCUCUGCAAAAGCUUCCCGGCCCGGAACGCCCUCCAAGGCAUCUGACGGCAGUGAUGAGGGUACGUCGACCUGUAUUCAGAUCCAUCCUAAAGUGGAGAAGGCGAUCUUCCGCAAUCAACGCGGCCGAGCAUUCGGAGAGAAUCUAGAUGUCGGCCUUGUCAGCGCUGACAACAACAUCGCACAACCUGCUCAAGAAACCUGCUACUUCCCGGAGCGACAAUGGGCUCUGGAUCUUUACCGACCUCAGAACCGUGCCCUGGCUCUGAUAAUCCGUGCUUUAGUCGCCAACCCAGCUAUGCAUACCGUUCAACCCGCACCUAGCCAACCUGCACAACUCGGGCCUAGUAGGCAAUCCGGAUAUAACCUACCAGAACAAGACCAACUAGAAAGAUCCAACAAGAAAAGGAAGAAGAACCGCCCCAGCCAGGAAAGGAGAGACCGCUGGACGCGGAAACGUCAAAGGAGACGGGAAUCAAGCGAAAGUGACAGAGCAGACAGAGAAGAGAGAGGCCGGAGACAGACGAACAGCCCGAAGCCCCGACCUUUGAUCAACACGCACAGGUAG